UGGAGGGCUGCUGGGUAUGGUAGGAAGGACAGGCCACAAGUGAUGUCUGGUAUUUCUUCCACUGCCACCAUGCUUAAGGCUGCAUUUUCUGCCUGUGGUCUGUUUGGUAGUCUCCUACAUUACAGACAGCUGCUCUAGCUCAUCAGCCUGAGGUCUGUGCCCUCAUCUACUCCGUCCGUCCUCGAAGUCUGCAUCACCAGUCCCUCUACCCUGAUCUCUGCCAAGGAAUGAAAACAGGGAAAGAGAGGAAAAUAGUCAUUAUAGUUGACGAAAACAUUUCAGUUUUCUUAAAGUUGAAAGAUUCUGUUUUCUUCCGCUGAUCAUUGACAGAUAGUGGAUUUGAUCCCUCAACACAUCAAGCCAACUGGUGAUAGACUCAAUUUUCUGCCUCAGGGGAGAGAGAUAAACAGCUUUCUGUUUGAACUCUAGAAGAGAGACUCGACAUUGGGGGACAAACCCAGUCAUCUUUAGCCAGAACACUGAAAGAGACUAAGUUUUCUGCUUUACCCUGACAGACACAACUUUCUGUGUCAAGACAAGACAUGACGAGGAGUCUUGUCUGAACAGAGACACAGCCUAGAAAGAGAGACCAAGACUUGGAUUUCACCCUCUCAGGUACAGCUUUUUGCCUUAAUACUGAAACGGAGACUACGACUGCUCUACUACAAUAUUCCUUAGCCCUAAUAUUGAGAGUCCUUCACUUUUCUUCCCUGUCACCUGAGCACCGAGAAAACCUUUUUGCAUUUUCAUUUUUAACAGAAAAGGAACCCGCCUGGUCUAAGCAGCUGCAUCUCAGUGUGGGAAGGCAGAGGCCCCAGUGGACUGUCUCCCCUAUUUCAAAUGAGUCAGGGAGCUAAGAGUCAAGUCUGCUAGGAAAACGUGAGUCCAAAUCAUCUAUCUUGCUGUGACUGACCUAGAGGUCAUGUAUGCCAUGACCUCCAGGAAUGUGGAAAUAGUGUUUGGUGUGGAGUGUACAGCAAUCAAGCCACAUUGUGUAGAUCUAGAUGACAUGGGUGUGCGAAUGAUUUAAUUAAAAAUAUAUAAUAUAUAUAUUUAACCUUUAUUUAACUAGGCAAGUUACGAACACAUUCUUAUUUACAAUGACUGCCUAGGAACAGAAAGGAGCAUAAGAGCGAGAACAAGAAUGAUAAGGGAGUCAAGGAGCUUUGGGACUAUCAUUAUUUGGUUAACACAGACACGAGACAAGACGUAGAAUGAAGGAUUUCCUUAUAUCACAGAACAGAAAGAACCACACUGUCCUCUCCUAUCUGGUGUCCCAGAGUGUUUUCAAGGUAUUUACCCCCGGUAUUUACCACCUUCUCUCUCCGUUCAACAGCUGCCCUCAGUGUCACCAGCACAGAAACUUAAUUACCACAAGGGACAUUCCCAUUUAAGUCAAUGUUCUGUGUAGCCAUGAGUGUGAAAUUGCCGUGGACUGACGGGCUUUGUCCAUUCUAGUUUUCCUUAUUUAUAUGGACUUCAGACAAGCACCAAGCACUGUAAAGCGAGCAUCAUUGUUCUCCUUUCCGAGGUUAACAACAGCAGGAGCAGGACGGAAGGGCAGAGGGAGCACCUUCUUCCUCCCUAAAGUACCCCCAGCUGCCAAGACCCCAGUCAGGUACAUUGUCCUGGCGCUGAUCUAAGUAAGACGGGGCCUGCAAAGUGCCAACAAGCACUGAGGAAAACCAUAAUGAGCUGGUCUGGGGUGUUUAUUUUUAACACUGACAACAGGACUGCUUGGCCUGCUGGGUGUGAGAAAAAACGAUGGAAGAGUUUUUUUCUCAAAGCGCAGAGACUGGUUUUCUUGAGUACGGGCGAUUUCCUUUUAAGUGCCGUGGCAGUAGGAAAUCAUAUUGUUUGACAUUGCUUCCUCGACUGCCUAGGGGGGAGACAGGAUGGCGACCAAGACCCCUCAGACAGAAAUGCAAAGGGAGGAGAAGUGAGGGAGAAAGAGGGGGGAAAUGCUACAACGUUACAGUAACACACCGUGUCGUCUAGAGAGAAGGACUGAGGAUCUACACAGUCUGGAGUAAAUACAACCUUCAGUGCCAGAUGGAUUUUAGUCGAAGGAAGGUUCAAUGUCUCUGCUGACUUCCUUAAAACUGACAUCCGAUUUCCCAGAUUGCUGGGCCAGGCAGGCAGGGCUGUGGGAACAUACUUGGCUCAAACUAGGCCGUUCCAGAGGUGUGGUGUGUGACGGGUGAUGGCCGACUGGAGUCUCCUGGGCAACUUCUUGGAAGAGGUGCAGGAGCACUCGACGUCUGUGGGCAAGGUGUGGCUCACCAUCCUCUUCAUCUUCCGUAUUCUGGUCUUGGGCACGGCCGCCGAGUCGUCGUGGGGCGACGAGCAGGAGGACUUCACCUGCGACACGGAGCAGCCCGGUUGCGAGAACGUUUGUUACGACACGGCCUUCCCCAUCGCCCACAUCCGCUACUGGGUGCUGCAGAUUGUCUUCGUGUCCACGCCGUCGCUCAUCUACAUGGGCCACGCCAUGCACACGGUGCGCAUGGAUGAGAAACGCCGGCGCAAGGAGCAGGAGGACCAGGGGGGAGGUGACGGGGAGGAAGGAGGAGGGGAAGGCAGAGAGGAGAAGCAUUAUCUGGAGCACGAGGAAGAGAAGGGGGGAGAGUGCGGGAAGGAGGGCAGCGGCAUGGGCAGGGUGCGUCUGCGCGGGGCGCUGCUGCAGACUUACGUGUUGAGCAUCCUGAUCCGGACGCUAAUGGAGGUGGUCUUCAUCGUGGUGCAGUACAUCCUCUACGGGGUCUUCCUCAAUGCCCUGUACGUGUGCCACAGUCGGCCCUGUCCACACCCGGUUAACUGUUACGUCUCGCGGCCCACGGAGAAGAAUGUGUUCAUCGUGUUCAUGCUGGCCGUGUCGGGCGUGUCGCUGUUUCUCAGCGCUGUGGAGCUCUACCACCUGGCCUUUAAGCAGUGUCAGAGGUUUCUGAGGAGGAAACGACAACAGCAGCAACAGCAGCAGCAACAGCUGCUACAAGGACGCACGCCUUCAAGUGCUACGGUCAUCACCGCUGAACCUGACAGCCCACAACGUCCAUCCAUGCCCUGCACCCCACCUCCAGACUUCAGCCAGUGUGUGAGCUCUUCCCCUCACACACACCCCAUGCACACCCAAUCCCACCCCCAUCCUAGCUGCCCCCCUUUCAACAACCGGCUGGCCCACCAGCAGAACUCAGUCAACAUGGCCACUGAGCGCCACCGUGUUGUCCACAAUGACCUUGAAACGGAAGACUUCCUGCACGUGACCUAUGAGGGGCACGCCGACACGCCCAACGCCUGCACCCCGCCCCCCUUCGCUCUCCAAAACGGCUUCCAAAAUGGUUUCCUGAAGGACAAGAGGCGUCUGAGCAAGACCAGCGGCUCCAGUAGCCGUGUGCGACCCGAUGACUUGGCUGUAUAGCUCCAAUUCUCAACACACACACUGUCCCUGGAUCGUUUCAAACACACACACCCAAGACUGGGAUGACUGUUACUCAUCUGUUGUCGGGGACUAAUUUGAACACUGCAUGGCACAAGUCAACGAAGUCACAAAGUAUCACAAGUCUUGAAACGGAAUACUCGAACUAAUCAAACAGCUGUAGAGGGGUUAGUGCCUUCAUAUUUAGCCCUCAGGACUAAUCCACUAAUGUGACUGUCUGAGACCUCGGUCUGACUGCGUCCUAAAUGGCUCCCUAUUGCCUGUGUAGCGCACUACUUUAAACCAGGGCACAUAUAGCUUUGGUCAAAAGUAGUGCACUAUAUAGGGGAAUAAGAUGCCAUUUGAGACAGAGACAUUGACUCUGACUGCUGUCGCGGAGUCUCUCCCUGAGAGACAGGGGGGCCUUGUGCCAGACCUGAGAAUGAGUGGGUCACUGCCACACUAUCAGCUUUGUGACACUGACUGGCUGCUGGGGACAGCUAAGUGGGACAGAUGAGAGCCAGUCUGUCACUCAGAGAGAGAGAGAUAUGUGAAGGACGGCUGCCUGUCAAUGACCCACAAACGUAUGCUUAGAUGAACGCUCUGCGUGUGCAAGCUUGCUCUCUCUCAUGCAUGCACGAACGCAUACACACGCACACUUUACAUUUACAGAGGCACGCAGACACUUUCGUUGGCAUACAACACAAACACGCAGACACACCAUGCGAAUCCUGAUGAGAACCAGUAGGACCUACAGGGAUGACCCAUGGGAUUAAAAUAUAUUUUAUUGUGUACUUUGUAUGGUUAAAGAGAGACAGGCAAAACUACAACCUGGUCUGACAAGGGCUUUAUUUAUGUGGAGCCAUCAUCGGUUAAAGCAGACAUCCCAAGCUUCCCAGGGUGUGGGGAGGACAUAGUUCAUAGUGCAUAGUUCAGAUACCCUGACUGACCUGGUUCCCCGUUACCCAAAACCAUCUUAAGGCUAAAUUCAUUGUUAGAACCUUCGUUGGAGCAUCAUUAUAUCUCAGAGCUGUUUCCCGAAACCAUCGUUACCAACUUUGCAAUUGAGAAACGCUCGUAACCUAACGACGGCCUCGGACAACUCCUAGAACAGCGAAGCGCGUCGGAUGCUUUUUUCGCCCUCCCUCGUCACUUUAUACACAUAAAUAUCUGCUAAACAUUGAAUCACAUGGUGUAUAUGUCUCUGUGACGCCGAUAACAUCAGAACAAAGUCGACUCGAAAUACAAAGGUGCCAAUGUGUUUGCAAUUGAUACAAACAAGCGACAAAUGCAAAUAUGCUUCAAAUGAAAACCCGAGAUGACUGCAUUAAAAUAUAAACAGUAGGCCUAUUUCAAUAAUAUUGAAAUACAUUUCACGUUCAAUCAAUUGAGUUCUAUUUUGUUCAGGGGCACAACUUUGGUUUUAGAAGUGGGGGGGACAUAAAUAUAUAUAUGUUUAUCCAGUCAGAUAAACACUCCAAAAAUGCAACUUCACAAUGUGGGGGGGACAUGUCCCCCGUCCACAGUGAAAGCUGCACCCCUGAUUUUGCUACUGUCAGUAUUUGUCUCAACAUAUUCCCUGAUGUGUGCGCAAUGAUGUGCCAAAUCGGUGAUUUGGUGCAUUUUCAUUGGGUAAGCAUUAUUCAUAAAAACUGCCUCAAUGGGAGCUGAUACGUUUUCAGUAUUGUGAAAUCAUUAUAAUGUUAAGGAAAUAUUUGAAUGGAGAAAGCUGAGACCAGCGCUCUUUUUCUUUAGAGCCUAUCAGUAUCAAUGCUCCAACGACGCACUUUGCGACCGUUCUCUCUGUGUGGUGAUUUGGCAGACGCAUGUUACAUCUUCCUUCGGUCGUUGUAGGAAAGAUGCAUCAUUAAAACACUCAUAAGCCUGAAUUCCAUCGCUAUCAGAAAACCGGGCAGAGACCUUGACCGCGAAUCUUGCCAAACGAGUGCUUGUCUAUUGUCAAGGAAAGACCGUUUUAGUAAGCCAGAAAGGAAUUCUCUUAAUUUUUGGAAAGGCAUUCCCUUUCAGAAUUAGCAAACAGAAGGGCUGAUAUAGAUAUAUAUAUAUAUAUAUAAAUAUGAUCUAGCUUUUUAAUCUGGCAAAGUAUGUGGUCAGAAACUGAAAUAGUUUUGCACUGGUUUACAGAAUCUGUGUGUAUAGUCUUUUUUUUUAAAUCUCAGAUUUGCGUUUUGAAAUGUUUAACUGAAUCUAAAAACGAAUUAACAAAAAAAUGUUGUCUAGCUAAUUUUCAACACAUCUUUGAUUAAUGUGAAUUAUAUUGUAUUGGGGUGGUGUCAUUGCGAUCACAUUUUUGUCAACUUUGCACUUUAGCAAAAGGCAAUGUGAAAAUCUGUAUCUUUAGUGUUACAAAUGUUUUCAUGUUAAUUUUGUGUAUAAAAGUAUAUAUUGUCUGCCGUUAAAAACACAUUUACCCGUGACACAUGAUAGGAAUUUGCAAGCUUGUCUUACCUACUCAUUUUUCAAGUAGAGCGAUUCUAUUUUGCACACUGAUGACAACGUUCACUGUACUAUCAGCACUAUAUUGUAUAUUGACUGUGUACGCUAAAGACCACUGAUUCCCUUCGCAUUAAGACAAAAUGUCAAACGAGCACAAACUCAAUAUAUACAUCCCAUAUGUACCAUGCACUGUAUUUGACUGAUGUUUUCUAACCUAUGAACACACCUCAUCUGAGAUAUAUUUUUUAACUGGCCUCUUAUCGAGCAACAGGGUCAAUCAUUUGUUGAGUUUCAGUGUCAGUUUCCAUUCUUUUAUAAUCCUUUGUUAUAGCCAUAUUUAAUCUGUGUGUAUAAACCAGAGACAUGAAUGCCGGGCUUCACAGCUGAAGGACACACUCACCCGCUCUAAAAUUAGUCGAGGGCAAAGCCCCCUUGGCCAGGCUGACAGACCGGGCUGUUCUCUGGAAUGCUGGGUAAUUAUAGUGCCUUGGUGGACAUUCGGAGCCAGAGGAAACCUUGAGAACUGAUUCCCAGCGUUUAUAAGUUUUGAUAAUAGGCUAGGGAACUAGUCCCAACGUUUCCCAGGGCAUGGUCUGGAUGGGAGCCAAAGAGAAUUCCCUGGGGGUUGGUUAACUUACAUACAAUGUGCAUGUAUGGACAUUCAAUGGAAAUAGUCUCAAUACCUGUGCUUGAAUUCACAACGCCUCUCAGAGUAGCAGUGCCGAUCUAGGAUCAGUUUAACCUUUUUAAGUUAUAAGAGGGGGGGGACCUGAUCCUAGCUCAGUACUCCUACUCUGAGACACUGAGGAAUACGGGCCCCGAUUGUAGUUAUCAUUUUGGCAUGAUACACUUGAAGCAUUAUUUCAACACGGGAGUAAAAUCACUUGCCAACA